AUGGCGGCAACCAAUGUGAUGUCCCCUCUUGAUACCCAUAGAGGGGAUACUUUUGCUUCUCGUGGCCUCUCGCUUGAGAAGAAAAUUGAGGCCCUCGAGGGCCUCACAGGACAAGUUAGUAACCGGCGAUCUCGGAGAUGGCUAAAUGAUCGUAUUCUAAUGGAACUUGUUCCUCGUUUAGAUGCGGAAGAAAUCAGGGGCUUGUUUGCCCCACCACCAUGGGGUGAUGAUGUCCCACCCUCAGCCUUUUCUUUGACUAAUGUUGGAGAAUGGGACAAAUUCAGAAGCAUAGACAUGGACAAGGAGGCCAGUAUCAUGGACUCCUUGGAUCGGUCAUCCGUGAGGCAGAAAGGCCGUGUGGAUGCUGAUAAAACCGCUGUCUUAAAUGCUUGGCGAAGAAUAGAGUGUGGAACAAGAGAGGCUCUUCGGCGUAGCUUUUUACCAGAACUGAUCGAGGGAUAUGAG